AGAAAGAGACUGCUUAAUUUUGAAGUAAGAUGUUGGGAUCAGGUUGAUCUCGAGUUGUUUGACAUCGUAGAGGAGUAUAAAGAUAAUUUUUACACUCUUCUUGGCGUAGAACCGACAGUAAAAACAUCAGAUAUAAGAAAAGCAUAUCGACGACUAUCACUACAAUUACAUCCUGACAAAAACAAGGAACCUGAUGCAGAAUUUAAGUUUAGAAGGUUAGUUGCAGUUGCAGAAGUGCUGAAGGAUGAAGACAAGCGAAAAAGAUAUGACGCCAUAUUACGUGAUGGCUUACCUGACUGGAGGCAGCCUGUGUUUUACUAUCGACGUGUGCGCAAAAUGGGAUUUAUUGAAUUUUUUAUCCUUUUGUUUUUUAUUCUCACAAUUGGACACUUUAUUGUCAUAUGGUCAAUAUACCUGGAAAAGAAAUUUGAAAUGGAAGAGUUAAUAUCCUCUAAAAAGAAGAGAGAUGACAAAAAGAAGAGGAAAGCUAAAGUUGAUAUUACUGAUGAUGACAUCACAGAAUUGGCUGAUAUCUUAGUUCAUGAAACUGGGGUUUCCAGACCAACAUUCUUUGAUCUGCUGCCUUUCAAAAUUGUUCGUUCCUCCAUAUCAUUCUGGAGCUCAUUACCUGCAAGAUAUCGUGCAUACAAAGCAUACCUCGAAGAAGAAAAGCAGAGGAAGCUUGAGGAAGAGCUAGAGCUACAGGAAGAAGCUGAAGAAGUUGAGCAGCCGCGCCCAAGAAGAAGACAACAUGUUACCUUGCCUGAAGCUGCUCCUGAUGAUGAUGACUCAACCUGGGUUGGUGCUCCAGUCACUAACAUGAUUGAACCUGAAGAACGGGAUCAAGAUGAGGAUAACUUAAAUACCAAGUCCCACGAAUGGACAGACGAAGAUUUCUCACGCCUUUCUAGAGCGAUGGUAAAGUUUCCGGGAGCAACACCAAAGCGAUGGGUGAAGAUUGCGCAAGAACUGGGAAUGACUGUAGAGAUGGUAACGAAACAGUUGAAAAAGAUUAGACAGCAUCAGGGCGUUUCUACUGGCGACACCGGAAAAUCCGUUAGCCAAGGAGCCCCUGGAAAACUGAUCACGAGCAGAAAAGCAGCAACGAUAGCCGAGGAUGUGGCAACUAAAGCGUACCCAGAUAAUCCCGUCAUACAGAGCACCGUCCAAAACGUGGAUCAAAAGAGUUCUGCUCCUGCGAACGAGUCAAGCGCGGAAAAGCCAGAUAAAGUAAGUGGCACAGUGAUGUGGACACAGAAUCAACAAAAGCUUUUAGAGAUGGCCUUGCAGCAGUUUCCUAAGACUACCCCUGAUAGGUGGACGUGGAUUGCUCGUAAUGUGCCUGGCAUGUCAAAGGAAGAUUGCAUAGCUCGAUACAAGACUUUGGUUGAACUCAUGAGGCAGAAAAAGGGUGCAAGCUAAAAAUUUAGAUGACUAAAUUAUUUAUUAAUCUAUUAUUAGAUAAAUUAGAAAAAAUCUUUAUCUUGUGGUUAGGACUAUAUUGAGUGGGAAUAGCUUCGUUGUUUGUACACAGGCUGUCCAGGCUAUUAUCCUGUGGCUUAAAAGACAGUGAUAUUUUUUACAGAUUUUACAAUGUCCUCUUUUAGCUUUAAUAAAGCUUAAUAAAUGUUUACAAACCUUUAUGUAUCCACUGCGAGCUGGGAGUUGAUAUCAAUCCUAUUUAUGCCGUAAUUAAAUUUGUAAAAUUUGUAAAAAAUAUAACUGUCUUUUAAGCCACAGGAUAAAAGCCUGGGCAGCCUGUGGUUUGUGUUGUGCACAUUUCAGACCACUCUUGAGAGUCGAUUGUUUCAUGUGUAAAUGUUUUAACACGUUCGUCAUAAAAGAACAAUUCUCAAGCAAAUGUCAUUUGAUCUUAAAUUGGCAAUUUGUAUACGAAGCUAAAAAGGUCUAUUCAAAAUUCCCUUGGUGCUGUUGUACGCAAACAUUUCUCGUUCAACUUGGCUCUCGAAAAAAAGAAAACUAACGGGUCACAUGACUCUGGUCCCUAAAUCGAGCAGUUGUGUCAAAAUGAGCACCAAAAAUGAAAAGAGCACCUGGAUAUUAGUAAAAGAGUGCAUUUUCCCAUUCAAACCCUUAUAAAAUAUUAGUUUUUAUAUUUAAUGUCGUUUCUCCUGUGACACUUAGUAGCGUUUUUGUGCGUGUAACAUACGUCCGCGCAUCUUGCUUUUUUGAAGGUUUUGCAUAGUUGCAAGGUGAGUCUGCCGCCUACUUUCUGCUACUUACAACAAAUUGAGACGCGUUGCUUCGGAAUUUACUCGCUAUUUUACAGCUAUUUUAARAAAGGUUGGUGAAAGUUGCAUUAUGCUUACUAAGAUUGAAACGUAUUAUAUUCAUAUGUAAAUAUCAGAAAAAUUACUACCGCAGAAACGUGCAGAAAAAAUUUGAAAAAGUUCCACAUUAUGAUCUUUUGACCUGAUCGCAUCCACAUUGACCAUAGUGCCGUUCGGGCUUGGUAUGCAACAUGCGACAAAUGCUUCACCGACCUUUUUUAAAUAGCUGUAACAUAGUCUAGUACCAUCUGCAGCAGUAUUCACGCGAGACAAUUUGGACGACAAAUGGCAUGGUCUUUGCGUGUAACAGCACCUUUAAGCAAAUCUUAAUAUAAUGAUUUUAUUUGGCCCUUUGUUGUUUAAAUAUUGAAUAAUAUUCGAACAGUGUCCUGAAGGGAGCUGGGAUACGCCCCUUUUGGGCUGGGAAACUGGAAUUUUAUGCACUGGGAAUGGGAUUCACAGACAAAAAUAUAUAUCAAAAAGUGGUAAUGGAUUGAGAUUUGAACAGUCUGGGACUACUAUGGGAUUUGGUCAAAAUGGGGGCUGGAAAUGGGGUUAGGAACCCCCCUUCCCUCUUCAGGACUCUCUUCGAAGUAAAACGAUUUCACGGUAGCCAAGUAAAAAUACUCUAGAUAUAUCUUCAUAAAUAAAGAUUAGAUGAAUUUUAUAUAAAUAUAAUAUGAAUAAUAAGAGAAUAACUUUCUAAUAUAUACAGAUGACUUUCCUUAAUAGACCUCCUCGGCUUUUAUUCCCUUGAGAUUAAGAUUCUAUGUUUGAGUUGUAUCSAUAUUCAUGUGUCUUCUCAUGUGCAACCGAGCGCAAGCGUUAAACAAAGAAAUGAUACUCUAGGGAAUGACUCGUGGUCUGAAAUGGGAAAACAUUACGCCCGAGCCGAGGAGGUCUAUUCUUACAAAAGUAAACGUCUGCAUUGGUAAAGUUUUUCAGUAUAUUAUAAAAUUGUACAUAUUUUGCAUGCAAUGAAUGAGCAGUAUAUGAAUCUGAACCUUUGCUCCACUAUAAUAAUAAAUGUUUUUAUAUAGCGCUUCCCGUGACUCGAAGCGCUUUACAGAAAGAAAAAAAAUAUGAUGUAAUAAACAAUGUUCAGUAAUUAAAUAGGAAUGUUUUUCA